AAUAUGUGUCAGUCAGACUUGGGCUUUGCUUCAUCUGAAGCAAUGGGUUUUACCCACAAAAGCUCAUGAAACUAUAUAUAUUUUUGUUAAUCACUAAGGUGUCACAUGACUGUUCGUUGUUUUAAAAGUUACAGACUAACACGGCUACCCCUCUGAGACUUAUCAGAAGUGUUGUCUUUCUGCAGCAACUGUUUGUUCCGGGCCCUUGGUGACCAGCUUGAGGGGCACUCCAGAAACCACCUCAAACAUCGCCAGGAAACAGUGGAUUACAUGACAAAGCAGAGGGAGGAUUUUGAACCUUUUGUGGAAGAUGAUGUUCCCUUUGAGAGACAUGUUGCCAAUUUGGCGAAGCCUGGUACGUUUGCUGGUAAUGAUGCGAUUGUUGCAUUUGCAAGGAACAAUCAAAUGAAUGUGGUUAUUCAUCAGCUCAAUGCUCCUCUGUGGCAGAUUCGAGGUACCGAUAAAAGCAACGUAAGAGAACUGCACAUCGCCUAUCGCUAUGGAGAGCACUACGAUAGCGUGCGGCGAAUAAAUGACAACUCUGAAGCUCCUGCACAUCUUCAAACAGAGAUGCUGAGUAAAAAUGAAUCUAAUAAGAGGGAGCAAAUCAAGCCACAGAGAGAUGAAUCUGAAGAGGAGCUAGAGGAUGAAAUGGAAGAUGCUAUACAAAAAGUCCGCAAUGCAACUGGGUGUUCAGACAUUGAUUUAAUCAUCCAGAUUCUGGAAGUGAAGAACUAUGAUAUAGACUCUGCGAUAUUUGCCAUUCUCCAAGUGAAUGAAGUACAAAGAAUCUAUUCUCAAGAAGAGUGUGAGAUCCAGGUCAAAAGUGAGAAGUCAUAUAGCUCAGCCUUGUGGGAGGAGAAUGGAAGUGGCGCCAGAAUCUUUGGAAAUCAGGGAUUGCAUCAGGAUGGAACAGAGAACAAGACACAGGCUAGCCCAGAUGAAGAGAAUCAAACCAACAAAAAGCAUUUCUCAAAGGUAUCCAAUAAACAAAGGAAGGAGCAGCAGCGACUAGAGAAGAAGCAGCGUCAAGAAGAAAGGCAUCGGCAGAAAGUCCUGGCAAACAGAAGUAACAAUGCAGAUAACAACAAGAGCGAGACAGACUUUGAUACACAAGUGACCCUAGUGAAGACCUUUGCAGCUCUGAACAUCUGACUGAACAUAUUAUGGGUUCUUUGAUGAAGCACGUAAAUGGCAAAUAAGACUGAUAAGGAAGGUCACUGAGCUUUCAGACAAAGCCAUCUUCAAAGCAGAUUCCCCAGCACCCUUCUAUUUUUAAACAAUGUUUCGCUUGGGUUCUCUUUGCACAUGCUAAGUUGUCUUUGGUUCUCCAGCUGCUGGAAGAACAACUCUUCAGUAACACUAAGGAACAUCAGCCAAGCUUGUGAGGGAUGGGCAGUCAAGGUUAAGCAAAUUGAAAAUGUAGAGACCUAUUUUUACUAUUCCAGAGACAGUCUAUUGAACCUUGAUCAUCACCCCGUGCAUCUUGUAUGAGUUUUGUUUGGAGAUCUCAUAGUAUUGCUUAAGUUUAACUACGGCGAUAUUUUACUAAGGUCAAGCAUGAAGAGCUCUUAUUUUAAAUUACUGUGCAGGAGCAUUUUUAUCUGCUCCCAACUCAGGAACUUUUCUUUCUGUUUACAUUAAAAAUAGAUAGGACAAAUUCCCAGAUCCCUUCCAAAGCUAAUCAGCCAAAUGCUAUACCAGACAUUUAAGACUUUUCCCUCCCCGCCCAUAACUUGAUAGUAAACUAUAGUCCGGAUAAAGCUGCUCUUGCUUUUUUUUGCACUAAACCAUAUGUUAAUGCUGCUAACUGUUAGAGGAGAUGGGGAUGGUUGGGUCUAUGCUUGUUUGUUUGCACAGAGAGGGUGAACUCUUGUUAAGAAGUCUGUAGGUGGUCUGAUUUGUUGACAGCUGAGGUCCUUUUCUGACAGGACAGUGCCAAGAAUAAGAAUGAGGGACACCAAUGUAUUCCUGAGGAUGCAGAGUUGAUUCACCCAAUCUAGUGAGGUUAAACAAUAUAUGUAAUCUUGACAUAAGCAGAUGUAAGAUUUCCGUUAUGUAAUAGCAAAGUUGUGCUGUUUGGUCCAUCCCCCACCUCUCUCCUAAGCAUUAAGGGCUACAAUCUAAAAAAGGAACUUGAUUAAUUACCUGUCACCAGUGGAUAAAAAUCCUGGGAAAAGGCUUCCAAGUAACACUGGGACCUACCUGUUUUAUUCCUCGAAUCGAGCUUUUGCAGCUUAAAUUCCUCUUAGAAAAGGUCACCAACCAUCACUGAGGAAUUGAUAACUAGAACUUCAGCCUUGUGCUGCUUUCCACAAAGAAUAGGAGUCUGACUUAAAAUAGGGCCAAAUUCCAUAGUCCUUAGGAUUUGAUGGUGUGGAGCACUGGACGUUGCUCAAGUAUUUGGACCUGCUUUGGAAGUUAAGCUUUAAAGAGUGAAGGAUUGGGGGGGACAUUGCCUUACUCAGAUUAUAGUUUAAACAGAACAUUUGAGUGAGCUGCACUUACAUGACUUAAAACAUAUGAAUGUCCUUUGGCUUAACUGCCAAAGUCUUAGUGGUUCUUGAGUUCCUCUUACUGAAUAUCAGCAAAAUUUAAAGAAAUGGUGCUCUGUUUCGUAUGCUAGCAAUAUUAAUGGUUGUGGGAGAAAAGUGAAACUAUGAACCUCAGAGUUUAAAAAGCCUUUUGGUUCCUUUCUCAUGGGGUGGUGGUAGUGAAUACAAUGAAAGGCCACUUUAAGAGAUGACAUGGUACAUGAGAGAGGUAGUCAAAAAGUAGCUUACUGGUAGAUCAGGUCAAGCUGUUUGUCAUUGUUCCCCUGGCUAUAGGCUUCAUAGACUUUAGAAGUGAUUACAAACACCUAGCAGUUUUGUGUUGGAACACAAUUUACAGCAGUGGGGAAAAUGCCUUAGCAAGGUUGUAUCUACAUGUCACUGAUGAGGGAGUUGCCUCCUUGCUUUGUCACACUAUGUUUUGAUAUAGGGAAAGGAGACUGCUUCUGUAAGUGACUAGACAAACACCUGAACUGAUACUGCUGCUUUGUCAGCUGUAUAACUAGGAAUUGGAUUCUUGAUAGUCUUUAUGAAUCAUGUAGCUUUUUCUUGAACUAGAACUGAUUAAAGGAUUGUUUGUCUGAUUCUGGAUGAGGGGUGGGAAGGAAGUUGUUCUGAAAUAAAAUAUAGCUACUAGAUGAAGGUUGCUUGUACCAUAAACACAGAAACUGCUUCUCUUACUGAUCCUGCAAAGCCCUGCAUUGGUCUUGAAAAGAUUAAUGGGGCUGGCUUUUUUGUGCAGUGCUACCAGAUUUUUAGUGGGGAGGGGAAGGGAGGAGG